UAUUUUCAAUCAAGGCAUCGUAUGCGAAAAAGAGCAAGAAAUUUAGCUGGACUAUUGACUUUUCCAACUUGUCACUAAAAGAACUAAAGACAUAUAUUCACUACCAAUUAUCUUUUCCAGAAGACGUUGAUCCGGGAGAUUUAAUUCUUUGUGGCAGUAAUGAUAAUGCCAAAAAUAAUGAGGAGCAAAGCCUAAAUGACAAAUCAUAUGAACAAUAUCUCAAAUCCUGUAUUGCAACGAACUCUCUAAGUCUUAAAAUCAACGUUUAUACUGUACAGAAACCAUAUUCGGAAUGGACUUUCAAUGCUGUUAACGAUAUAUUCGAACUGCCAACUCAUUACACGGAUAUUCCUAAAUUCACCUGCGGUACCGAUAAACUUGAAGAUGAAAAGUCCCAAAAGUUGUUGUUGCAUCUUAUCGAAGAUCUAAAGAUCCGUCGAUCAACAAUCCAUGGUGUUUCAGAAGCGUAUAAUAGCAAAUUUGUGCUACCAUUUCUUGCGAUGGCUAGUUCCGUGUGUGGUGCGAAGGUUAAAAUAUAUCCAGAAGAAUAUAUCCAAGGAAAAUAUGGUCGUGGACCAGUAGAUUUUUGUAUGAUAUUGGAAAAAAUAAUCAUUAGUGUUUUAGAGGUAAAAAGAGAUGAUUUUAUACAAGGUACAGCACAAAUAAUCGUACAGCUUCAUUCAUCGCUUGAAAACUCUCGAAAGAGAAGACAUGAGGAUGAUGAUUUUGUUAUUGAUAAAGCGUAUGGAAUAGUUACUGCAGUAAAUUAUGAUAAACCAGAAUAUAGAAUCCAUUCAAAAGAAGGGACUUCGAUUAAUUGGGGUAGCAAUUUUGAGGAAGGGGUUACCGAGGUCUUAGGACAGAUUGUUUGGCUAUUUAAAGAUACAGAAAAAUUAAUAGAAUCAGCAAAACAAAAGAAG